AUGAAAUUACUUUACACGGAUGCAAAUUUGGAAAUCCCUCGACAAAACCUCGAAACCCAAUGGCAAACAAGGGAGGGGCAUACACAUAAUGCAGCAAGUACAAGUCGAUUAAAAGCAUGUAGUUUGACUAAUGGCUUAGCUGAUGAUAUACCCAUAAGAAAUCGUUAUUCAGCACUUAAUAUCGUCAGUGACGAAAGCGAGCGAGAGGAAAUAAUUGAAGUAGAGCGACCACCACCACCACCGGUAACGAAACAAAAAAAGCCAAAAAAGGUGAAAGAAGCUAAUAAUGCUCGCGAUAAAGCAACAACUCGUAUACCAACGAUAACAAAGAGCCAAUCUGAGGAACACGCAAAGGACACACAGGAGAGACUAGCUGAAAAAAAACAACGGAUCACGAAAACGACCGACAAUUGUAAUUCUUGGAAACUCCAUGAUUAAAUAUUUGGACAAACGAAGGUUGCAACACGACGUCAACAAAAGCAUUAAUAUCAAAACAUUUCCAGACGCCAAAACUCAAGAUGUGAAGCAUUAUACCAAACCAACUUUGGCAACUAAGCCCGACGCUGUCAUUAUACAGUGGGGAACCAACGAUAUCAAAAAUAUUAUGCCGGAAAAAGUAUCGGAAUCGAUGCUGGAUCUUGGGAAAGAUAUUAAGCAAGAUUGUGGUAAUGCAGAAUUAAUUUUCUCAACUAUCAUAACAAGAACUGAUGUCCUGAGCCUAAAUGCAAAAACAAACAGUCUGCUUGAUAAAAUUUGCUCAUAA